UUAGUAAAUAAAAAAAAAUCCUUUACGCCACUGGUUUUAAGUGAAUUUUGUGACAUUUCCCGAUCUCUUAACCUUUUGAAAAUCUAUACUAUUUCGAAUUUGGAAAUAUAGAAAGAAAACAAUAGUCAGCGACAUAUCAAGAGAAUGUCUGCCGAUUUAAUAGUAGACACGCAAAUUCGCGUGUGGGUGUUUCUGCCGAUAGUUGUAAUUACCUUUUUGGUAGGAAUAAUUAGGCAUUAUGUGUCCAUACUGCUUUCAAGCCAGAAGAAAGUAGAAACUCAGCAAUUCCAAGACAGUCAGUUGAUUCUGAGGUCGAGACUGCUCAGGGAAAAUGCCAAGUACAUCCCAAAAGCUGCAUUUUUGUCCCGAAGACAAGUUUUCAAUAGGGAAGAGGAUGGUUAUUUGACCCAGCAAAGACCCGCAGUUACUUCAAGCAUGAUGACUGACCCCUCAAUGAUGACAGACAUGGUAAAAGGCAAUUUAACCAACGUCCUCCCGAUGAUUGUUGUCGGGGGCUGGAUUAACUGGAUGUUCUCCGGCUUCAUCACAACCAAAGUACCAUUUCCUCUAACGUUAAGAUUCAAGUCCAUGCUGCAAAGAGGAAUCGAACUGAACCAUUUAGAUGCGUCAUGGGUAUCGUCGGCUUCUUGGUAUUUCCUCAAUGUAUUCGGAUUGAGAAGCAUCUACGCUUUGGUGUUGGGCGAAAACAACGCUGCCGAUCAGUCGCGACAAAUGCAGGAUCAGAUGUCGGGGGCAGCCAUGGCAAUGCCUCCGGACCCCAAAGUAGCAUUCAAAGCUGAAUGGGAAGCUCUGGAAAUAGUAGACCAUCAAUGGGCGCUAGCCGAUAUCGAGUCCAAACUUAUAGGCGAGGAAAAAGUGAAAACCGAAUAAGGGAAACUACAGAAUUUUCAUUAAGCAAUAUAUAAGUAGGCACCUACCACCACUAUCGUUGUCUGCUGUAUAUUAGUGUAUCAAUUUCUUUAUUAUAAUGUUUUUUUGUUGUA